UGGACUUGUAUUUCACAUUUCUACAUUAACAAAUGGAUGUUCUUUUCCUUUAGAAAGUGCUUACAUCGGAACUUUGAAAUUAACCACACAUUGUUGCAUUUUUAUCUAUUAGAUACAGCUUAAACUUUAUAGAGAAAUAAAGGCAAGCAAACAAAAUGGAGGAACAACAAGAAAGCGACUCGAACUCUUGCAGUGAUAAUUCUUCGCCGGGUGGAUAUGAAGUUAUUGUUAUGGAUAGUCACGAACCGAGGGACAUAUUCUGUCAGAUGGAUAUACUACGGCAGUACAACGAUGAUUACGUGUGGAAAGAACUUCAUCGAUGGGUCAAGUUUGAAGAGGUACUGGAAGAAAAGGGCAAGCGAUGGUCCAAGCCCCACGUUUCCUCCAUGUACAUGCAAUCCCUGACGGAGCUGCACACACUGCUUGCCUCUAACACAUGCAUCCUGGACAUGGAGGCCCUGUCUAUGUACGACAUCGUGGAUAAAGUCUUAGAAGAGUGGAAGAACGAGGGAUCUGUCAGUAACCUGCUGUGGAACCAUUUAAGGGCGCUCUUAUUAAAGAAACAUAAACAUCAACACGUCAGGGGCAAAUACAUAAAGCGACAUACGAGCAAAGCGAAGCUGAACGAAUCCAAACCAAAACUGAGCCCCGUAAAAGAAAUUUCUGAAAGUGUAUCUGCGCCAAACCUACACGCUUAUCACAAUGAAGGCUAUGAAUCGUCCCAUUCAAAUGAAGAUGCAUCCAGUGAGCUUCUUUCUUUUGGUUUUGAGCUCAAUGACAAAUUCAAACGAAAGAUCCCCGAGGGUGCGGAGGUUCUCAAUAUAAUGGUUGGAGAAGUAGAGGAACUCAAAAACAGAAGACUGUGUGCAUUCGUCAGGCUGAGUGAAGCAAAAGAUGUCGGCAAAAUAACAGAGGUUUCUUUGCCCACCCGUUUCUUGUUCAUCCUCUUAGUGCCCCUAGAUGAUAUUGAAGUAGGAGUAGAAAUAGGGCGAUGUAUUGGAACUCUUAUGACAGAUGAGAUUUUCCGAGAAGCAGCCUACAGAUCAACGAAUAAGGUGGAAAUUUUGUCAGCCGUUUUGGACUUUACUAGUCAUGUGACUGUACUACCCCCAGGAUGCUGGGACAAAAAUAAUAGAAUCGAACCACCGAAAGUAUUGCCUCCAAAAGACUCUCGGGCAAAUGCAAAGGUUGCGGAGAAGGUGAACAAAACCACGGAGGAAGAUGAUGAUGAUGACCCACACCACGACCCCAGCCUGGAACGGACAGGAAGAUUGUUCGGAGGGUUGAUACAAGAUGUAAAACGGAAAUGGAAAUGGUACAGAAGCGACUUCACCGACGCAAUCCACGUACAGUGUUUUGCAUCAUUCGUGUACCUGUUUUUAGCGACAUUAACACCUAAUGUGACAUUUGGAGGUCUUCUUGGAGUAGCAACAGAGCAGCAUAUGGGCACGAUGGAAUGUAUAUUGGCGGCAGCAGUGACGGGGAUCAUCUUCGCUUUAUUCUCCGGUCAACCAAUGAACAUCCUCGGCAGUACUGGACCAAUGCUCGUCUUAGAAUCAAUUUUAUUUAAUUUUUGCAAAGAACAAAAUUGGGAUUUCUUAUCGCUGCGCAUUUGGGUCGGACUUUGGACAGCAUUGUUGCUUGUCGUUAUCGUGGCCUUUGACCUAAGCUCACUCGUACGAUACAUUACGAGAUUUACAGAAGAGUCUUUUGCCUGCUUGAUUGCUCUCAUUUUCAUCUAUGAAGCAUUCAAGAAACUAAUCGAAAUAGAGCAUUUAGCUCCAGUUGAAUUACAUGCAGAAAGCAAACAACUGCAAGACUGUUUUUGCAUUUUCCUGAAUAAUACGCAAUUUGAAAAUGGUCAUGUUGCUUCGCGCCAUGUGAGGUCGGUACAAACAACACCAAGCAGUGAAACCACAACUGCCUCUGGUGCAGUCAUUACGUCAUGGCCGCUGAACAAUUGCACGGAGAAUGGAGGUUUUCUUGGAGGGAAAGACUGUCAUCCAGGAGAUUUCGUACCUGAUGUCUUCUUUUUUAGUGUCCUUCUUUUUCUUGGAACCUUCACAAUUGCUUAUGGUGUGAAGAUAUUCCGAAACUCCGGAUUUUUUCCUAAUUUUGUCAGAAAUACCGUUGGAGAUUUUGGUGUACUUAUUGCCAUCAUAGUCAUGGUUCUAGUAGACAUCUUGCUUGGGAUCCCAACUCCAAAACUUACCGUGCCAUCAGAGUUCAAGCCAACCAGACCUGACCGAGGCUGGAUCAUCAACCCAAUUAGUGACAAGAAUCCAUGGUGGCUUAUCCUGGCGUCGGCCAUACCAGCAGCUCUCGCGACUAUUCUGAUUUUCUUGGAUCAGCAGAUCACAUCAGUUAUUGUGAACAGAAAAGAAAACAAGCUAAAGAAAGGUGGAGGUUAUCACUUAGAUCUACUGGUUGUAGCUAUUCUGAUUAUGCUGCUAUCCUUCUUGGGGUUGCCAUGGUUUGUAGCCGCAACAGUUACCGCCAUUGCUCAUGUGAUGAGUUUACGAAAGGAAUCCGAGUGUACCGCCCCGGGCGAAAAACCGACUUUCCUUGGAGUCAGGGAACAACGAGUUACUGCCCUUCUCGUGGGUUUAUUCAGCGGUUUGGCCGUUCUCAUAACAUCAGUAUUAAAGCACAUUCCAAUGCCUGUUUUGUAUGGCGUAUUCUUUUACAUGGGCGCAUCGGCUCUGAGCGGAAUGCAGAUGGUCCAGCGAAUUUUAAUUAUAUUUAUGCCACAGAAAUACCAGCCUGACUACAAGUUUCUCCGCCAUGUCCCCUUGACCAAAGUCCAUCUGUACACGGGGAUUCAGGUCAUCUGUUUGGCCGCGCUGUGGGCAGUGAAGAGCAUCAAGUCCAUCAGCAUCGUGUUCCCCAUCAUGGUCCUGGGCAUAUGUUUUCAAAGAAAGGCACUUGACUUCAUCUUUACGCAGCAUGAAUUAAAGUGGUUAGAUGAACUUCUGCCAGGCUCCAACAUUAAAAAAGAAAAGAAGCCGAAAUUGUCCAUUCAAGGUGAAAAGAAGCCAAAGACUAUAAUACGAUCGUUGUCAGUCCCAGCCUAUAAUUACGCUCUACAGCUACAACCUACUGAUUUGAAGCAAGGACUGUCAAUCUCUAGUGAAUCUCUACGCAGACGAUCCUGUUAUGAGGACAUUCAAAACUUCUCUACGAAGCGAAAAAUAUCGAGUUCGUCACUUCCUGUAAAUCUGUCUCUAAGGUGCGAGUCGGCGAAAAAUGAGAACAAUAACAGGAAAAAUGUGUUUGGUUUCAGUGAAGUGUAAAUUUCAUUUCCAUGGCGCAGUGUUUUAUACUGUGUGACUAUGAAAUCAUUCCAAUCCUUUUCAUGCUUUAAUUUAAGAAAUAAUGAUGACCACGACUUUAUUAGUUGUAGAGUUAUUCUAUUUAUACUUCUGUCAUAACUAAAAGUGAGUUGGCAUGGUACAUGUAGGGUUUAAUGAAAACAUGUCUUUAAUUGAAGCAUUUCACACUUGCUCAGAUAAUGUUUUGAUAAUUCAUGUUUGCUUGUCUUUUAAUUUUUUUGAAAUUUUUGUGAGUUCAUUUCAUCUUGGUACAUGUAAAUCUAUCUUCA